AUGAUCACAUUUACACCUUUGGCUGGUGCUGCCCGUUCCUCCUCCUUGUCCCCCCUUUCCUAUCUUCUCCAAAUUGACGAUGUGCGCGUUUUGCUAGACUGCGGUUCGCCGGAUUGGUGCCCAGAGUUGGGGGAGAAUGACGGCGAGUUCUACUGGGAGACAUAUUGCACGGCCCUUCGCGAUGUCGCGCCUACUGUUGACCUGGUUCUGCUGUCGCAUGGAGACUUGGCUCACUCUGGACUCUAUCCAUACGCGUAUUCACGGUGGAACUUGAAGGCGCCGACGUACACAACAUUGCCUGUGCAAGCUAUGGCCCGCAUAGCAGCAACCGAAGACGUCGAGGGAAUCCGCGACGAAGAAGAUGUCGGCGAUGUCCUUACCGAAGAACCAUCCACACCUGAGCCAUUGUCUGAAGGACCUCGGCUGAAAGACAAGCAGAGGGGCAAGUACGUAGCUACCCUCCAGGAAGUGCAGGAGGCCUUCGAUGCUGUCAAUACACUCCGCUACUCGCAGCCCACACAUCUACAAGGUCCGCAUGUAGGCUUGACGAUCACUCCAUUCAACGCGGGCCACACCCUCGGUGGAACCAUAUGGAAGAUUCGCUCGCCGUCGUCAGGUACGAUUAUGUACGCGGUGAACAUGAACCAUAUGAAGGAGCGGCAUCUUGACGGCACGGUGCUCAUGAGGGGUUCGGCGGGAGGGAUAUUUGAACCACUAGCGCGACCCGACCUCUUGAUUACUGACGCAGAGCGCGCGAAUGUCAUCAUAAGUCGACGGAAAGAGCGCGAUCUCGCAUUAAUUGACACAAUUACAUCCACUUUGUCCUCGCGGUCAUCUCUGCUCCUUCCAUGCGACGCCAGCACCCGGGUUCUCGAACUUCUCGUCUUGCUUGAUCAGCACUGGAGCUUCUCUCGUCUUCGGUAUCCCAUUUGUUUCCUGACUCGGACGGGUAGUGAAAUGCUUACAUUCGUGCGAAGUAUGAUGGAGUGGCUGGGUGGGACGGUUAGCAAAGAGGAUGUAGGUGAAGAGAACCCAAAUCAACGGCAGAACUCGAAGCGCAAGAGAGGUGAUGAGGGGGAUGAUGAUGCUUUAGGUGCUUUGGCUCUUCGUUUCAAACACCUGGAAUUCUUCCCGAACCCUCAAGCUCUACUAGAACGCUACUCGUCGAAAGACCCCAAGCUAAUACUUGCUGUACCUGCAUCGCUUUCCCAUGGCCCUUCUCGACACCUCUUUUCUGAAUUUGCCGCCGUGCCGGAUAAUGUCGUGCUACUUACCCAACGCGGUGAAGAACAUACCUUGGGACGGGCGUUAUUUGACAGAUGGAAUAACUCUCAGCGCGGUGACGACCGCUGGGACAAGGGCAGAAUUGGUAGUAAUAUCAUGAUGGACGGUGUCAUGAAGCUCAAGAUCAACACCAAGGUACCUCUCCAAGGCGCUGAGCUUGAGGACUACCUCCAGAAGGAACGCGAAGCGAAAGAGAAAGUGGCUGCCCAGCAAGCCGUGAUGGCACGCCAGCGCCGCAUGCUCGAGGCGGACGAAGAUGACAGUGACUCUGAGUCCGAUGACUCAGAAGCCGACGACGAAGACGAAAAAUCCGACAAAGCGCUGGACAACGACUGGAAUAUGGACGGCGACGAGGGGCUGACAAAGCAGCUGCUAUCGUAUGAUAUCUACUUGAAGGGGAAUGUGUCGAAAGCGACUUCGUUCUUCAAGAGCGCCGGUGGCCAGACACAGCGGUUCAGGAUGUUCCCGUAUGUAGAGAGGAAGCGGAGGGUGGAUGAGUAUGGGGAGACUAUCGAUGUGGCGACGUGGUUGCGGAAAGGGAAGAUACUUGAGGAAGAGGCCGAGAGCGAUGAGGCUAAGGCGAAGAAGCGCGAGGCCGACGAAGAAGCCAAAGUAGUUAAAGAACCGCCAUCUAAGUUUAUCUCUUCAGAGAUCGAGAUCCAGCCUGCAUGUCGACUUCUCUUCGUGGACAUGGAGGGGCUCAACGACGGACGUGCCGUGAAACAUAUUGUCCCUAAGAUUAACCCACGGAAAAUGAUCAUCGUUCACGCGUCCGACAGCGCUACAAACGCGCUCAUCGAAAGUUGUGCAGAUAUACGCGCGAUGACGAAGGACAUAUACGCGCCCGGCAUCGCAGAGAGUAUCCAAAUAGGCCAACAGACGAACACCUUUUCAAUAUCCAUCAGCGACGAACUACUAGCAUCCGUGAGGAUGUCAAGGUUCGAGGAUAACGAAAUUGGAUAUGUCAAAGGAAGGGUUGUCGCCCAUGCGACUUCGACUGUUCCUACGCUGGAACCUGCACUUUCAUCUCCCAUCACAUCUCAUUCCACCAAUCAGGUGGUUGCACGGGGGCGGACCCUUGGCUCUCGCCCGCCUGUCAACAUUCCUAACUCGACCAUGAUCGGAGAGCUCAAACUCACUGCCCUCAAAAGUCGCCUGGCCUCCGUGGGAGUACAGGCGGAACUUAUCGGCGAAGGUGUGUUGGUUUGUGGCGCCGCGGCUAAACGUGGCCCCACUACAGAUAGAUUGGGCGAAUCGGUUGCAGUGAGGAAGACAGGGAAGGGACAUGUUGAGCUGGAGGGGAAUGUGUCGGAGGUUUAUUACAUUGUGCGGAAGGAGAUCUACAACCUUCACGCCUUAGUGGCUGCAUGA